AUGAGCUGCCCGGUGGCGGCGGCGAAACGAGUGCUGGAGGUGGGCCGCGUCAAGGUGGGGUGGGUCUCGGCACGAGUAAAACUGCUCGAGCCGAGACCGUUGCGCUGCUUCAGGUGCCUGGAGGGGGGCCACAUGGGGGCCAAAUGUGAUAGGAGUGUCGACCGCAGCCGUCUGUGCUUCCGCUGCGGCCUACCCGAUCACAGGGCCAGGGAAUGUACCGCCGCUGAAGCCAAGUGUAUCGAGUGCUCAGCGGCCGGUAAGCCUGCAGCACAUGCCGUCGGUAGUAAGGCGUGCCAGGGCAGCAAAGCUCGUUUCGCCUCAAGAAAGGGAGGAGCGGUGGCGAAAGGGCCCGUCACCGCGUCCCAAAGGACUGUGGAGGAGCCUAUGGAGACCGCCCAAUAA